AACCAAAAAAAUAAAGAUUGUUCUUGAUUCGCGUAGCCUUGAAUUUUUUAKUGAGUUAAAUAUCAAUUUAAUAUUUAUUAGUUUUUUAAUCAACUGUGAUAUACUCGUAAAACUUAUCAAAUAUUUCUCAUUAGUUUUAUUCAAGUUGAAUUGUAGGCACAUUAAGCUUACAUCGCUGCAUGUUUUAUCAUUGAUGAACAUAAUCUUCAAUUAUUUGAGGAACUUGGCGUGGGAUUUAUACUCAAUAUUUAAUUAGUCAAACACGAAUAUAUAAGUCAAAAUAAUCACUCAGCUAUUGUUGGUUUAUCAUAUUCAAUUUUUGACUUUGAUAGUGUGUUUUUCGUUGUACGAUUUUACGGCUACGGAGAAAACAGUAAACACGACCUCACAACCUAACCUUUAUUUUUGAAGAAUCAAAUAUUUAAUAACAAUUAUAUACCACCUUCAGAAACGAAAAUGUUCAGUUUAGAGGGCGACGAUAAAGCCAAUAGAGGAAUGUUGACCAGUUUUCCAUCUGUUCCAUCUCCAUAUUUAAACUAUGACCCUCAACUUCUACCCCAGUCAUCUCAGCCUGAAUAUAUAUUUUUGGAAGGGGCUGGUUCCAAGCAACGUGGACGUUUUGAAUUGUCCUUUACAGAAAUUGGUACAUCAUGUUUGAUUGGUGCUACAAUUGGUGGCAUACGUGGAAUAUACAGUGGUAUAAAGAUGACAUCAAUGGAAAAUCAAACUAGUACAUACAAUAGAACACAGAUCUUAAAUAGUGUUUUUAAAAAUGGAGCACGUCUGUCUAAUACAUUUGGAACAUUAUCUGUAUACUAUAGUAUCUUCGGUAUCAUAUUAGAAAAAACAAGAGGAUGUGAAGAUGAGCUUAAUACAAUUGUAGCCGGAACAAGCACUGGACUCUUAUACAAAGCCACAAGUGGUCUUAGAAGGUGUGGCAUUGGUGGUUUGAUUGGAUUCAGUCUUGCUACAGCAUUCAGUUUGAUUACAUCAAGAGAAAAAAUUAAAGAUAUGGGCAAAAAUGUAUUUCAUUCCUAAAAAUGUUUACCAGAAUAAAAUGUUUGCAAAAAUAAAUGCUCAUAAUAGUUUCUUAGAUACACAAUUUAAUGCCUUUUGAUUGAUGAAAACUAUAUUAACUUGUUUGCAAGAGAGGAUUCAGAAUCUAUGUAGUAGGGGGUAAUUAAAUUAAAAUCAUUUUUACGAGGUUGAUUUUUAAUAAUUAAUGAAAAAUAAUGAUUUUUUUUUGUGAAUGGGAUACACCCCCCCCCCAUGGACCCUCCUUGCCAAUUUAGAGGCCAGACGUAUUGAAAUUUAUUGAUUCGUAAUUUAAAAAAAAAACAUUUGGAUGUA